AAACAAUUGAAGUUUGAUAUAACCUUUUUUUGAUUAUAAAUAUAAAAAGCUAUUUAUUACCCUCGGAACAGAUUCAAUUUUGUAUUAUUCACAAUUAUAACCAGAUCAUUUCAAAGAAAGAGUACAGGAAUCGAAUUGUUAAUGGUUUGAAAGAUGGUACCACUAGGUCCUUCUCAACCUUUAACCCAACCGGGAAAUCAUCAGUUAGGAAAUUCCAUGAGUAGCUCCAACAAAUCCAGUUCAAACAUGAAACCCAACUAUACCUUAAAGUUUACUUUAGCUGGCCACACAAAAGCAGUAUCUUCAGUCAAAUUCAGCCCAAAUGGAGAAUGGUUAGCUAGCUCUUCUGCUGACAAGUUAAUAAAAAUUUGGGGAGCAUAUGAUGGGAAAUUUGAAAAAACCAUUGCAGGCCAUAAACUUGGUAUAUCUGAUGUUGCCUGGUCAAGUGAUAGCAGACUUUUGGUUAGUGCUUCUGAUGACAAAACAUUAAAAAUCUGGGAGUUAAGUUCAGCCAAAUGUUUGAAGACUCUAAAAGGGCACAGCAAUUAUGUUUUUUGCUGUAAUUUUAAUCCUCAAUCUAAUCUAAUCGUUUCAGGAUCGUUCGAUGAGAGUGUUAGAAUCUGGGACGUGAGAACUGGUAAAUGUUUGAAGACCCUUCCAGCCCACUCAGACCCUGUCAGUGCUGUUCAUUUUAAUAGGGAUGGAUCACUGAUUGUUUCUAGUAGCUAUGAUGGUUUAUGCCGUAUUUGGGAUACAGCCUCAGGACAGUGCUUAAAGACUUUAAUUGAUGAUGAUAAUCCGCCCGUAUCUUUUGUAAAAUUUUCUCCUAAUGGAAAGUAUAUUUUAGCUGCAACUUUAGACAAUACUUUGAAGUUAUGGGAUUACAGCAAAGGAAAAUGUUUAAAAACAUAUACCGGACAUAAAAAUGAGAAAUAUUGUAUAUUUGCUAAUUUUUCAGUUACAGGAGGGAAGUGGAUUGUUUCGGGUUCAGAAGACAAUCUUGUGUAUAUAUGGAAUCUCCAAACUAAAGAAAUAGUUCAAAAGUUGAAUGGCCAUACAGAUGUUGUACUGUGUACUACUUGUCAUCCAACUGAAAAUAUCAUCGCUUCCGCUGCUUUAGAACAAGAUAAAACUAUCAAAUUAUGGAAAAGUGAUACUUAGCCUCUCUAUUGUGAAUAUUUUCAUUUGAACUUUUCCCAGUUCCGAAAAAAGGGAGGCAAAAUUUGAACUUAUGUAGAUUCACCUCAUUAAGGUGGAUUAUAAAUGACUGUGAACUUGAAAAAAAAUUUUAUAAACUAAAUUGAUCUAAAUUAUUUGACAUAGUUUUGUAUAUAAGUGUUUUAUUUAUAUAUACGUAUAUUUGUUCUUAUUAAUUUUAGUAGCAUACUCUUGCUAUGUGAUGAUUUUACACUUGAGAAUUUUGAGUUGGAUAUUUGCUUUUCCAAGUUUAUGAAUUUCAUUGUACAGAUCUGUAUCGAUCGAUACUUAAAAAUAUAUUUACAUGUUAGUAUGUUAUGUAUAAAAAGAAUAAAUGUGAAAGCUAAUGGAAUUGCAAUCUUGAGAAAUGAAAUAUUCAAUAUUAAGUCAAUUGAAUUUUUUAUUGCCUCCAUUGAUGGCCAUUAUUUUUAUGCUCAAUACCUUGUUAAGAAAUGAUAAUAUACAUGUCUUUAUUUGAUAAUAUAGAAAAAAAUAAAUCGUAUAUGUAAGUUAAAUAUUUAAUUAUAUAAAAAGCAGUUAAGAUGAAAAUAAAUUUUUUAAGUUUUCAGCCGAGCAAUUAUUUUUAAAAAUAUUGAUAAUAAUAAUGUUAGUUGUAGAAAAUUCAUAUUGAUUUGAGCAGCCCCCCUCAAUAGGGUUAAAAUUAUUAGUAUUGUUCCUCGACACUACAAAGCCUCCAUUUAUUGCUUAUUGACUUGAGUUAUUAUUUUAAUUUCAAAGAUAACUUCUAAUGUUAUUUCUGCUAGAUUGAUAUGUAUAUAAAGUUUUUUUCUAUUACCUGAAAGAGGUGUAUUAUUCAUACUUCAUCCUUAUUACUAACAUUCGUGAAUUCGGAUGGGCAUGUGUAAAUAUGUAUUUUAUAUUGUAAAAAUGUAAUUUUAAGAACUAUGUUUACAUUAAUUGUUAAGUUAGAAUCCUAGUUUAAUUUUUAUAAGCUUCUCAAACUUUCCAAAAUUAUAUUCUAAUACAUGUCUGUAAAUAAUAUUAAAUUUUGACAGAAAUAAUUAUGUGAUUAUACCUAAUUUGCAAAAUUAUGUUUAAUCAUUAAAUUACUUUUUUGAA